CGGCGCUGGGGGGAGACACCGGAAGUGCGUCAUACGCAGGGAAGGGCGGUUGCUGCGCCUGUGGUGGAGCUCAGUGAGGGCGGAAGUGUUGUUGGUAGUGACGAUAGUGACGAUAAUGGCGGCGACCGAGGCUACUGAGGUGGUGGCAGAGAGUGAGCAGGUGUCUUCAGAUGAAGAAUCGCCCUCUACAUCCGCAGAAGACCUGGCAGCGCAGAAAAGAGAAGAGCGAUUAAGAAAGUUUAGAGAGCUUCACUUAAAAAGGUACGAAGCGUCCAAUUCAAAUCGCAGGGAGCUCUUGGAGGAGGAGAAGCGGCAGAAGUUACCGAGUAAUUGGGAGGCGCGGAAAGCUCGGGCAGAGUGGGAGCUGAAGGAGAACGAAAAGAAAAAGGAAUGUGAGGCUAACGGGGUGGAUUAUCACAGAGCGAAGGUACUGGAGAUCAGUGCGGAAGACGCAGAAAGAUGGGAGAGGAAAAAGAAGAGGAAGAACCCUGAUAAUGGCUUCUCAGAUUAUGCAGCCGCACAGCUGCGCCAGUACCAGCGACUGACUAAGCAGAUCAAACCAGACAUGGAGGUGUACGAGAAGGAGCGCGAGAAGUGUGGAGAAAACUUCUACCCUACUCUAAACAGCCUGUACCAUGGAACUCACGUCCCAACCAAAGACGGCAUAGACAGAAUGGUCACCGACCUGGAAAAACAGAUUGAGAAACGAGAGAAGUACAGCCGCCGCCGCGCCUACAAUGACGAUGCAGACAUUGACUACAUCAAUGAGAGGAACGCCAACUUCAACAAAAAGGCAGAAAGAUUUUAUGGGAAAUACACGGCCGAGAUCAAACAGAACCUGGAGAGAGGCACGGCUGUCUGAGUGCCUCAUACCGGAAGUACAGCGGCGUUAUUCUCCAGAUGCCGUCAUUCUUGUUUUGUUUCCCACAGCUUUGUACAUAGCUUUAUUCACUGUCUAUAAAUAAACGUUGAUGCUUUUAGUGGAA